AUGGAGCCGUCUUCUCAGCGCAACUACGAUCCCAACAUUGUCAUCAAGGCUGCCAACGACAAAUUUGCGGCAGGUGAUUUGGAAGGAGGCCAAACCCUCUUUCAAAUGGCUUUGUUGAAUUGGGUGGACGAUGCCCGAGAAUUGACGCUGGACCAAGAACAAAUGAAGGAAGCCAUUGCCACUCUGUGGGUGGCCUACGCACAUUUCUUGAGGCAGGCCAAACAGUUCAAAUCGGCCACAGAGGCCUACGAGCAAGCUAUUGAGUGCCCCGUCGCUGGUACUGCAGGGCGUAUUUGGGUGGAUUAUGGACGCUUUUUGGAAGAGCGGGGAAAAGAUCGCAGUGCUCAAGAUAUGUAUAUUCGAGCACUACACACGGGAGGUGGACUAGUUCAAGAUCAGCAGGAUAGAGCUUUGUUGUGGAAUGAGUUUUUGGAGCUGAUGCGCAAACGAAAUUCCGAUUUGACUUUGUCUGAUCUACAGCAGGCCAUUGCCGAACAAGAGCAGGCCACACCAGACGCCGUUGCUUCCAACAAGCGAUUACGAUCAGAUUCCAACGAUUCCAUGGUGGGAUUGCAACAACCAGAUGCGAAUCCAAGCUCGCAACAAGCACUGCCACAAGAAACGAUGUCUAUAGAAGAGUCUAGAACACAUGUGGUCACGGCGAGUGAUGUCGACGUGGAGCACAAGGCAUUGGAAGAAAUUACCAACAAUGCACAAAACGAUCCAGCUUUCAUGACAGCUUGGUUAGUCCGAGAUGGAACAGCAGCACCCCAACCACCAAGGCCUCUAUUUAGCCCCAAUCCACCAAAACUCAAGGAUCCCACGGGCAAGGAACUAGUGGGAGAAGAACUGGCUCUUCAAAUUAUUCAAUUGUUACUCAAACAGAGUGGACCUACCAUUUUGCAGGUAUGCCGCGGAUUAUGGAUGCUCCAGGGAAUCAAAGAACAGCAGGCUAACUUGGGAUUGAAAAAAGUCGAUGAAGUCAUUGCAACGUCGGCAAAAGAGCUACAAUCCAAGUUGGAUGAACGUCUCAGCGUGGCAGGGGCUGCCCAAUCGGCAGUGGAACAAAUGAAUGAGGCCGAACUAGUUGCCUUUCAACAAAAAUGCAACGAACAACGACAGUCAUUCCUGAACAAUAUUGCUUGGGAACACCGGCAAUUGCUCUGGUGUCAACAACUUUUGUUAUCGAGACUCAAGGUACCAGCCUUUGAAGGGACCACGGUGGAUUCUUCCGAAAUGGAAUUGCAGUCGCGAGUGUGCUCCUUGUUGCAUGCGGCCUUUUUCCUGCAACAGCGUGUAGGCCAAAAGGCUCAUCGCACCAUGCUGGGGUCCCAAGAAGAACGCUUGAAGAAAAUAGUAGCCGAGGGAGGAGUGAAGACGGUAUCGAAACGCAAAAAGUCACGGUUUUCGCCCAAAAUUGCUCCCACGACACAACAACAAAUGGCCCCACCACCUCCCUUUGGUGGAAACAACAUCCCCCCUCCACCACCACCACCUCCUCAAAUGAUGUAUGGUCAGCCACCUCCUCAAAUGGGUGGGUACUAUCCUCCCCCGCCGCCACCCGCUGGUGGGUCUUACUAUUAG